AUGAAGCAACUAGUGUCUAAUUUACAAGGAACAGCUGUUAAUUUGAUAAAGACGGGGAGGGAUAUAUACAACACCUUGAAUUCCAAAGAGUAUGAAGGAAAUGCAGACUUCCUAGUUCAGAAGAAAAUAGAUUUGAUUGUUCCCAUUGCAGAGAACAUGCAAAGGAAUGUGACUCAAGACCCGUCACUUGUUCAACUUCCGAACAAUUUACAGGAACUGAUCGAUUCUGUCGGAUCAGACAUAUGGAAUCUAGGGGGUCAGUUGAAUGUAAACAAAGAAACCCUUCACAGAGUGAAAUACUUCGCCGUUACUUUACUUCUCAUAUACGAGUCUUUCAAUCCAAGUAUUGAACAUUGCUUUUCCAUUUUGAAUUGUUUAAUUAACCUUUUGUCUUCAUCCAUCAGUACAAAUGUCCUCGGUGUUGCAAAAAAAUGUCAAAACUUCGCGGAAACGAUUUUGAAUAAAUUGUUGGAAAUUGACAGGGAUUGCGAGCUAGACAAGGGUAGUAAGAACUUGAUCGAUGACUACAAUUCAAAAUUCUUGCUUUUAAGUUUAAGCUAUGAAGUGGUGUCUGGAGACUUUGAUGCAGCAAAAAUUUAUGAAGCCAAGUUAACUGAUCUAAAUGCUCAUAUUCCAUUGGAUUUCAUGUUGGAAACAAGCCGUAUCUUGUACAACUCAGCGUUGGGUCUAUCAAAUAAAGGGAGCCAUGAAAUAGCACGAUCGUUGGCAGCUAUGUCCGUAAAAUUUAUGGAAAAGAUUAUCACCGAAGAGAGCCAGGAAGCAAUAAAGACUCGAUACUUGCAAACUUACAUCUUGUUGAUUAGAUGUUAUAAACGCCUUGGCACAGAGGACUUGAGAGAAAGGGCUAUAGCUGCAGUAAAGCUUAUUCAAAACCAGUUCCCUAAUAAAUUUGAAGUGUACAGUUUAUAUUUUGAAGUAGGUGACACAACCGACACCAGCAGCAGUGAUGAGGUUAUGAUGCGCAUGGUUAUGUCAGUUCCUAUGGAGGAUGAUUUUGAGAAAACACUCAAUUUUUUGAAACAAAAUAUGCAAUAUAGCUUCAAAGGAGUGAACAAUUGCUUAGACUAUCUUUUAACGAAUCUUCAUUCCAGCAGUCAUCAAGCCGGGCUUUUAGUGAUUACAAAAUUUGUUGUUAAUACAGAGUUAGCACAAAAGGAGGAUCCUCAAACGAGAAUCAAAGAAUUGGAGCUCUUUAAUGAACUUGCAGAGAGAACUUUGCAACAUCAACUAGAUUUAAGUACAAAAAUGAGUGUCCUUGCAUUGCUCUGGAAACAAGGUAUGACUUCAUAUAAGGCGCAUGAUUAUAGCCAGAGCUCUGGCUGGUUGAGGUUAUCGCUCACAAGGUUGCUUUAUAUACAACAUUCGGAAAACCAAGAUCGUGGGAAAAUCAUUAGAGCUAUCGAAAAUAACCACCUCCUCUCAGGAGAUGCUCAUGCUGUUUUAGAUCUACAUGGGGAGUUAGAUCCCGAGGAUGAGAGUACCAUGCUUUCGCUAUAUAAUCUAUUCAGGGCAUACACUUUAUUGAAGGACGAAGCAAAUGCAGCGGCUCAAUUUUCCAGAAUAAUCGAAAGCAAUGCAAAUGCACAUACUGUUUUGACCAUAGCAGCCUGUAUAAUUGAAGCCACUGACAACUUAUCCAACGAAUUCAUCAAGAAUGCCUUUUUUCAGCUACUAAAUAUGCUUUUGUCAAAACAUGUCAAUGAAGAGUUUAUUCAAAAUUUGAGUUCUUUUGGAAUUAUUUUACCUAUUUGUUGCCGAUGUGCCAUUUUGAUGUUUUCCAAUGACAUAGAGAAGAAUGAGAUGGAGUAUACUGAGAAUAACUUGCUGAACCUUUGUGAAAUAUUGAAAGAAAGUUGCACUUUUGCUUCCAGAACGUCACAUGUCGCGGGCCAGAUAUUCAAUACCAAUGACUACGAGUGGUGUGCCAGCAAGGCUUACAAUAUAGCAAUUUUAUGCAAAAAAAUUGACCGAUUUGAGAUAGGUAUUCAACUCUGUCAGAUUUGCAUCGGGUUUAUUUGUUUAACCUCCCCCAAUAUUGAAAAGACAAGAUAUAUCAAAUUUGUUACUUGGAAGGCAAGAGCGUGGAUCUUGACAUUUUUGUUUCUUUGCAAAAAGAAUGAUUUAGGCGUUGAUGAUUGGAAAUAUGUUAAGAACCAUAGUGAAGCUAUGAUUGAAGAGAUCAAAACCAAUGAUAUCGCUUUGGAAGAGAACGAUGAAUGUCUACAGCAGUUGGUUACUUUUAGGUUUCAGGCUGAGUUGGUGAUUGGCUCCACCGAACAAAUCCAAGCCAUGAUUGUGGAUUGUUCGACAUACAAAUCAAAGAAUGUGGUGGAAUUGUAUGAAUUGUUUGUAAAUUUGCUCAUCUAUUGUGAGCGCACACUAAACAAACACGCAAAGCUGAGCAUUUUAUUGUCGAUAAUUAACCGCACCUUAGCUUAUGCGGAUGCUACAUACUUGUCCAAAUUGAUUGUCUGGAUUAGAGUCUUUUUGGAAAUCAGUGACGACCAGUUUGGCUCUGACAGGGAAAAGGUGGUUCUUCAGUUUUACAGAAUCUAUCAAUCGAAUGUAGUCACCGCUGUUGUUCCUUCUUUUGAAAUUGAAUGGCUAGCCGGUGUGUCUUGGAAUUAUGGAGUCCAAAAGAUAAUCGAUUGCAAUGAAUUGAGUCGUGGAUUGCGAUGGUGUGCAGUUGGGGUGUUGUUUUCGAGAUUUGUUCACGAAAGAAUGAAUAAGCAGUUUAUGGAAGUUUGGAGACAGUUGGCCGAGGAUCAACAGUUGGAUGCAACGUUGUUAGAGAAAGAAGUAAACAAAAUUUGA